AUGUGGCCCUCCUUCUUUGCCCCAGUCCUAUCGAUGCUGGUGGUCCUCCUCUACCUGAUUCCGAUUGCGGUCGCCUCGCCAUUCGCCUUUAACGAGAACCCCCUCGAGAAGCGAUGCUCAAACCCUUGCGGUUGGAAUGACCAGAUUUGCUGUAGUGCCAGCCAAGCCUGCUCCACCAACUCGGCCAACGAAGCAGUCUGCAUUGACAGCUCGAGCGGUACAUGGGAAUACUACACCACGACCAUCAUCGUGACCGAGGUGGACAAGUCGACCAUUACCUCCGUUUGGAGUACUCAUAUAUCGGCUGCAGCCACGGCCACGGCCACGGCCACGGGAACCUGUCGCCUCGAUCUGGGCGAGUCAACAUGCGGGACUACCUGCUGUGAUGCCGCACAGGAGUGUGAGGAUGGCGUCUGCGUCGCUGAAAGUUCCUCCGUCGCAGUUACUGGUGCUGAAGCUACCCCUGGUGUGCGAGGAACGAGCAGCGGUGCUAGCACCGUGACGCAGACCUCUGCUCCAACUACCACGGAAGCAUUCAUUGCCCCCGUCGGCACGGACGGCGCACAGCUGAUCGGCGCCAAAGCCACCAGCAGCGGCGGUGGACUGAGUGGUGGUGCCAUUGCCGGAAUUGUCAUUGGUACGAUCGCCGGUGUGUUCUGCCUUCUUCUCCUCUGUGCUUGUGUGUGCUUCAAGGGAGCCCUGGAAGGCCUGCUCGCGGCUCUGGGCAUCCGCAAGCGCCGCAGACAGGACACCACCGUUAUCGAAGAACGCUAUUCCCAUCAUUCGCACGGCAGUCGGCCACCACCUCCCAGACGCACCUGGUUCGGUACGAGACCAGCAGCCGCGGGGACGGAUAGUGAAGUCAGUGAGAAGAAGUCCAAGUUUAGCUGGGCGAAGAUUGCGAUUAUCCUGGGUGCGCUGGCGUUGUGUCUGGGAUUGAAGAGACGCAGAGACCAAGAGCAUGACGAUGAUGAUAAGACGAGUUAUACAUACCCGAGUUCGUACUAUUACUACUCGGACUACACACGGAGUAAGUUGAGCUUCUGA